GGCUCGGCCCGCCCCGCCCGGCGAGGCCACGCCUUUCCGGCCCCGCCCCCAGCACGCCCCGCCCCGCAGCCUCCAGUCCUCUCCGCGGUUCCCGCGUGUGCUGAAGAUGGCGGCAGCGGUGGCAAGGUUUCUCCGGGCUUCGGUUGCCCGACAUGUGAGUGGUAUUCCUUGGGGCAUCUCUGCCUCUGCAGCCCUUAGGCCUGCUGCUUCUGGAAGGAUGUGCCUGACAAAUGUCUUGUGGUCUGGUUCCAGUCAAGCAAAAUUUGCCUUUAGCACAAGUUCCUCAUACCAUUCUCCUGCCGUCACCCAGCAUGCACCCUAUUUUAAGGGUACAGCCGUUGUCAAUGGAGAGUUCAAAGAACUAAGCCUUGAUGACUUUAAGGGGAAAUAUUUGGUGCUCUUCUUCUAUCCUUUGGAUUUCACCUUUGUGUGUCCUACAGAAAUUAUUGCUUUUAGUGACAAAGCCAAUGAAUUUCAUGAUGUGAACUGUGAAGUUGUUGCAGUUUCAGUGGAUUCCCACUUUAGCCAUCUUGCCUGGAUAAACACACCGAGGAAGAAUGGCGGUUUGGGCCACAUGAACAUCGCACUCUUGUCAGAUCUGACUAAGCAGAUUUCCCGAGACUACGAUGUGCUGUUAGAAGGUCCUGGUCUUGCACUAAGAGGUCUCUUCAUAAUUGACCCCAAUGGAGUCAUCAAGCAUUUGAGCGUCAAUGAUCUCCCCGUGGGCCGAAGCGUGGAAGAGACCCUCCGCCUGGUGAAGGCAUUCCAGUUUGUGGAAGUCCAUGGAGAAGUCUGCCCUGCAAACUGGACACCGGAUUCUCCAACGAUCAAGCCCCAUCCAACUGCUUCCAAAGAGUACUUCGAGAAGGUAAAUCAGUAGAUCAUUCCAUGUGCACCUGCAGCAUCUUAAAAGAACCACACCUGGAACUCACUUAGCAUUUCAAGGAUGAUUAUGUAUAGAAGGCAGAGAACCAAUUAUGCUUACAUGCGUAAAUAUUACUCUAGAUGUUUCGUUUUUAUAACAAUGGCUACGGCGUUUUAAACAUGGCUAGUUACUAAUAUGAGUUCUUCUUGAUGGCUAGCUAGUUUAUAGAAUGCCUAGUUCACCUCUUUCUUUGAUCAUGUCUUCAAAGGGAAACGCUUUUCUUAGCCUAACUUGAACCUUCAUGUACAUCAGAAUAGUACCACAAGUAUCCAAAGCCUCUGAUCAAGGGUCCUAAAAUUUUCUUCUUGAAUUUCUUUCUAUGAAACUGAAUUUUCUUUGAAGAUAAUAAAGAUCAUAGUUUUGUGAGCAUCAGCCAUCCAAUUUAACUCUUGGAGUGGAUGGAAAUGUGAUUGAAAUAAAUGUGAAUCAUGUUUUUAAAAAAAAAUACGGUGGCAAAGUGACUUAACUGAUCAUGCAUGUUCCUCAUCCCUGAGAUUUACAGUUUAUAUAGUUAUUUUACUUAUUUUGUUAGCUGGCUGUCUACAUACAUUUCUGCAUACUGAUUGAGUGUAAUUAUAAAGGAUAUUUAUUGAAUCCAGGGAUUAAAUUUUGAAAUCAUUGUAAUUAAA